AUGGAGGUGGACGCCGAGGAGAAGCGUCAUCGCACACGUUCCAAAGGGGUUCGAGUUCCCGUGGAGCCAGCCGUACAGGAGCUGUUCAGUUGUCCCACUCCUGGCUGUGACGGCAGCGGUCACGUUAGUGGCAAAUAUGCAAGACACAGAAGUGUCUACGGCUGCCCCUUGGCCAAGAAGAGGAAAACGCAGGACAGGCAGCCCCAGGAGCCCGCCCCCAAGCGAAAGCCCCCGGCAGCCAAGGCCGACAGCGCCGCGGGGGACGAGUGCUGCGAGAGCGACGGGACCGAGGACAUGGAGGACGAGGAGGACGAGGACCCUGACGACCAGGAGGAGGACCAGGAGGACGAGGAGGACGAGGACCCGGAGGAGGAUGAGGACGAGGAGGACGAUGGGGACGAGGAUGGGGACGAGGACGAGGAUGGGGACGAGGACGAGGACGAGGACACCGAGAAAAAUGAUGAAAAUAAAGACCAUCAAAUGAAUUGUCACAGUAGUCGGGUAACGCAGGACACAGAAAAGGAUGGCAAUAACAACGACGAAUACGACAACUACGACGAGCUGGUGGCCAAGUCCCUCUUGAACCUUGGCAAGAUCGCUGAGGAUGCUGCAUACCGGGCCCGGACAGAGUCCGAGAUGAACAGCAACACCUCUAACAGCCUGGAAGAUGACAGCGACAGGCAUGAAAACCUGGGCCGGAAGGGCGAGCUGAGCCUGGACCUAGACAGCGACGUCGUCAGGGAGACAGUGGACUCCCUCAAAUUACUAGCACAAGGGCACGGGGCGGUGCUCGCAGAAACCAUGAAUGACAGAAGCUACGCAGACCCCGUGUCACAACAAGACAACAGAAACAUGAACUACGUGCUGCUGGGGAAGCCCGUGAACAGCGGGCUCGUGGAGAAGCGGGUGGAAGAGAGCGACGAGGAGGUGUGUCUGAGCAGCUUGGAGUGCUUGAGGAACCAGUGCUUCGACCUGGCCCGGAAACUGAGCGAAACGAGCCCACAGGACAGGAACCCGCAGCAGAGCAUGAGCGUCCGCCAGCACGGCCGGCCAGAGGACGACUUCUCAGGAAGAACGCCCGACAGGAACUACUCCGACAUGAUGAACCUGAUGAGGCUCGAGGAACAGCUGAGUCCCAGGUCGAGAACUUUCUCCAGCUGCGCGAAGGAGGACAGCUAUCACGAAAGAGACGACGACACUGCCUCUGUCAACUCGGACAGGUCCGAGGAAGUGUUUGACAUGACCAAGGGAAACUUGACCCUCCUGGAGAAAGCCAUUGCUUUGGAAACAGAAAGAGCCAAGGCCAUGCGGGAGAAGAUGGCCAUGGAGGCCGGCAGACGGGACAGCAUGAGGUCAUAUGAGGAGCAGUCACCAAGACAGCUACCUGGGGAGGAGAGAAAGCCCAAAUCCAGCGACAGCCAUGCCAAAAAGCCAUACUAUGGUAAAGAUCCCUCGAGAGCAGAAAAGAAAGAAAGCAAGUGUCCAACCCCAGGGUGCGAUGGAACUGGCCACGUAACUGGGCUGUACCCGCAUCAUCGCAGCCUGUCCGGAUGCCCGCACAAAGAUAGGGUCCCUCCAGAAAUUCUUGCCAUGCAUGAGAAUGUCCUCAAGUGUCCUACUCCGGGCUGCACAGGGCGAGGGCAUGUAAAUAGCAACAGGAACUCUCACAGAAGCCUCUCUGGAUGCCCUAUUGCUGCAGCGGAGAAGCUGGCAAAGGCCCAAGAAAAGCACCAGAGCUGUGAUGUGUCCAAGUCCAGCCAGGCCUCAGACCGCGUGCUAAGGCCAAUGUGCUUUGUAAAGCAGCUCGAGAUCCCUCACUACGGCUACAGAAACAACGUCCCCACGACCACACCACGCUCCAACCUGGCCAAAGAGCUGGAGAAGUAUUCCAAGACUUCAUUUGAAUACAACAGUUACGACAGCCAUGCUUACGGCAAGCGGGCCAUAGCUCCCAAGGUGCAAACCAGGGACAUAUCCCCCAAAGGAUAUGAUGAUGCGAAGCGGUACUGCAAGGACGUCAGCCCCAGCAGCAGUACUGCCAGCAGCUACGCGCCCAGCAGCAGCAGCAACCUGAGCUGUGGCGGCGGCGGCAGCAGUGCCAGCAGCACCUGCAGCAAGAGCAGCUUUGACUAUACGCACGACAUGGAGGCUGCCCACAUGGCCGCCACUGCCAUCCUGAACCUGUCCACGCGCUGCCGGGAGAUGCCGCAGAACCUGUCCACCAAGCCGCAGGACCUGUGUGCCACUCGGAACCCUGACAUGGAGGUGGACGAGAAUGGCACGCUGGACCUGAGCAUGAACAAGCAGAGGCCGAGGGAGGGCUGCUGCCCGGCCCUGACCCCGCUGGAGCCCAUGUCCCCCCAGCAGCAGGCCGUGAUGAACAGCCGGUGUUUCCAGCUGGGCGAAGGGGACUGCUGGGACUUGCCCGUAGACUACACCAAAAUGAAGGCCCGAAGGGUAGACGGGGACGACCCCAAAGGGAUCUCUCCGGAAGACUUGGAUCCCUUCCAGGAAGCUCUGGAAGAAAGAAGGUACCCGGGGGAGGUGACCAUCCCGAGCCCCAAGCCCAAGUACCCCCAGUGCAAGGAGAGCAAAAAGGACCUAAUAACUCUGUCGGGCUGCCCACUGGCUGACAAGAGCAUCCGGAGCAUGCUGGCCACCAGCUCUCAGGAACUCAAGUGCCCCACCCCUGGCUGCGACGGCUCUGGGCACAUUACCGGCAACUACGCUUCCCAUCGAAGCCUUUCAGGUUGCCCAAGAGCAAAGAAGAGUGGCAUCAGGAUAGCGCAGAGCAAGGAGGACAAGGAGGACCAGGAGCCCAUCAGGUGCCCUGUUCCAGGCUGUGACGGCCAGGGCCACAUAACUGGAAAGUACGCCUCCCACCGCAGCGCCUCCGGCUGCCCCUUGGCAGCCAAGAGGCAAAAGGACGGAUACCUCAACGGCUCCCAGUUCUCCUGGAAGUCAGUCAAGACGGAGGGCAUGUCCUGUCCCACGCCCGGCUGCGACGGCUCCGGGCACGUCAGCGGCAGCUUCCUCACACACCGGAGCUUGUCUGGCUGCCCACGAGCCACGUCAGCGAUGAAGAAGGCAAAGCUGUCUGGAGAGCAGAUGCUGACCAUCCGACAGCGGGCCAGCAACGGGAUCGAGAACGACGAAGAAAUCAAGCAGCUGGACGAAGAGAUCAAGGAGCUGAGCGAGUCCAACUCGCAGAUGGAGGCCGACAUGAUCAAGCUCCGGACCCAGAUCACAACCAUGGAGAGCAGCCUGAAGACCAUCGAGGAGGAAAACAAAGUGAUAGAGCAGCAGAACGAGUCCCUGCUCCACGAGCUGGCCAACCUGAGCCAGUCCCUGAUCCACAGCCUGGCCAACAUCCAGCUGCCGCACAUGGACCCAAUCAAUGAACAAAAUUUUGAUGCAUACGUGACUACUUUGACGGACAUGUAUACAAAUCAAGAUCGUUAUCAGAGCCCAGAAAAUAAAGCCCUCCUGGAAAAUAUAAAGCAGGCUGUGAGAGGAAUUCAGGUCUGACCAGCUGCUGCAGUGGCUGUAGUGGCGGAAUUGCUAGAAAGGACGCCUGUCUCCUGCUGCCCCUGCCCGAGCGAGCCCAUGCUCCUCUGUCUGAGACAUGCCAUGCUCACGAGACUCACCGAUCUCACGUCUUGCUUUAACGAUAGCACCUGCAGAUAGCUUUGGAUACAUUCACAUUUUGUACGUUUUCAUAUCAGCUGGCAUAGUGUGAUUCUCCGUGUAAUGUCUGUAGCUGCUGAUGUAUGCACACUUGGGGGGAGAUGUGUUUCUGAGGAGGUAAGCUGAUCCAAGUAGAGUGCAAAUCCUUUUUAAUGCUUUAGUGAUUAAAUGUUUUAGUAUUCUGAACUGAAAUGGACAAAAAUCAAAACAGCUUUGAAUGACCACGAGGCGGCCGCGGCCACGUGAUCACCGGCCCCGUGCGGGAGGAUUUUAUGGAAUUAAGAAAUACAUUUUGUGUGCAUAUUGUUUCAUAGCAAGAAUUG